UACUAUGACUGCAGAGCAAUCCCAUCGCUGUCACCUACUGCUCCGUCGUCUCACAGCGACGACGCCGCGCCCAAACCCCGCGAGAUCCAGAGCCUAGCGCAGGUCGGGGAGGAGGACCCGCGAGGCGAGGAAGGAAAUGGCGGGCAGCGGCGCGUACAGGGCGGAGGACGACUACGACUACCUCUUCAAGGCGGUCAUCAUCGGCGACUCCGGCGUCGGAAAGUCCAACCUGCUCUCCCGCUUCACCAAGAACGAGUUCUGCCUCGAGUCCAAGUCCACCAUCGGGGUCGAGUUCGCAACCCGAAGCCUCCAGGUCGACGGCAAGGUCGUCAAGGCCCAGAUUUGGGACACCGCAGGCCAGGAGAGAUACCGUGCUAUUACGAGUGCCUACUAUAGAGGAGCGGUAGGCGCGUUGCUUGUCUAUGAUGUCACUCGCCGUGUUACAUUCGACAAUGUAGCACGCUGGCUAAAGGAGCUGAGAGAUCACACUGAUGCUAGCAUCGUCGUCAUGCUAGUUGGCAACAAGUCUGACCUCCGGCACUUGGUAGCUGUUUCAACUGAAGAUGGACAGGAAUAUGCUGAGGCGGAGUCACUGUACUUCAUGGAGACAUCUGCAUUAGACGCAACAAAUGUAGACAACGCUUUUGCAGAAGUUUUGACUCAGAUAUACCAAAUUGCUAGCAGGAAGACGGUUGAUGCAGGAGACGAUGGCUCAUCUGCCCCAAGCAAAGGGGAGAACAUAAAUGUGAAAGACGACGUGUCUGCACUGAAGAGAGCCGGCUGUUGCUCAACUUAGGGUAUAGAUGCAUUGUAUGAUGAGUUUUCUACUAGCUGGCGCUUCUUGUACUGCAACAGAUGUAUUCGUUCUCUUUUUGCUGCGGUUAUGUUGAGGGCUAGGUUGAUUCAGCUAUCACCGGAAACUGUUAUGUCAGAUUGAGUAUGAUAUUGUGCAAGUAAUUUGUUUACA